AUGGCCAGAGCCGGCUUUGACUGGAUCUGCGUCGACACCGAGCACGGUAAUAUUGCAGAUGCCCAAAUGCACGAAGCUGUUGCCGCAAUCGCCGCUGUAGGAGUGAGCCCAAUAGUGCGCAUUGCUGCAAACGAAGCCUGGAUGGUCAAGCGUGCCCUUGACUCUGGCGCUCACGGAAUCAUUGUACCUUUACUCGAGACUGUCGAGGAUGCUCAAAAACUGGUGGAAGCUGCCAAAUUCCCUCCUAUGGGUAAAAGAGGCUUCGGCAGUCCUUUCGGCCUCGGCUCUGUGGGAAAUGUCUCUCAAGUAGACUAUUUGCUACAAGCAAAUGAUGCUCUGGUCACAGUGGUGCAGAUCGAGACCAAGGAGGCUCUUGAAAACGUGCGUUUCCAGUAUCUGAAUAAAAAGGUCGAGGAGAUCGCAAAGGUACCAGGAAUCGAUGUCUUAUUGGUCGGUCCGUUCGACCUUGGAAACAAUAUAGGUCGACCAGUACUAGGCCCAUUCCACCCGGAAUUAGUGGCAGCAAUUGAGCGGAUUCGUAAGGCAGCGGUGGACAACGGUAAGCGGGCUGGAAUUUAUAGCCCAGAUGGCGAAAUGGCGAAGAAAUUUGCCAACCAGGGCUUUCAUAUGGUAUGCCUCUCCCAUCCACGAGACUUAAGCAACGACAAUGCCUAA